AUGGGUUUGGCAGCAGCAAGGAAUAAACAAAGGUUUGGAUUGGAUCCAAGAAACACAACUUGGAGUAACAAUACAUCAAGAUUUGGACACAAACAUCUAGAGAAACUAGGAUGGAAACCUGGUUCCGGUUUGGGAUUAGUUCCAGAUUCUACAACAUCACAUAUCAAGGUUUCUAUCAAAGAUGACAAUCUUGGGUUGGGAGCGAAACUCAAAAAGAAAGAGAAGCAAGAUGAAUUUGAUAGUGGUGAAUGUACGGGAUUGGACGUCUUCCAAAGAUUACUUGGAAGAUUAAAUGGUAAUGAGCAGACAAUUUCAGAUGAAUUGGAUAAGCAAAGAACCGACAAUAUUAUAAACGGGAAAUGGGGGAUACACUUUGUGAAGGGAGAAGUCCUUGCAAGUACAUGGGAUGCUGAAAAUAAGCAACUCAUAAGUUAUAGUAUGGGUAAGAAGAGACCGGUAGAGGGAUCGUCUGAUAGUGAGGUUAGCGAUCGGAAGAAGACAAAGAAGGUAAAAAAAGAGAAGAAGGUUAAGAAGGUCAAAAAGGAGAAGAAAGAGAAGAAAGAGAAGAAGGACAAGAAGGAGAAGAAGGUUAAGAAAGAGAAGAAGGAAAAGAAAGAGAAGAAACUCAAGGAUAAACAUUCAAAAGAUACCAACGAAAUUACUCGAGACCAAAUGCUGAAACCUAGAGAUUCAGCUGCUGUUGUUCCAGAUGCCGUAUCUACUAGGCUCUCGGUCCGCGCGAAAUGGAUCAGACAAAAGCGGGCUGCAGUGAUGGAUGCUAAAGCUCUGAACGAAAUAUUUAUGGUAACAGACUGA